AGCUGCCACAAGAUUGAAGUUUGGAUCUGGGCGGUGGCUGGGGCGGUAUGUGAUUCUCUCUUGCCUGCUUGGUGAAGAUGACUACCAACGACAGAAGCAUUGGGAACGACGAGCGGACGAUGGAACACGCAGCAGAGGUGUCUGCCAACCAGCAGCAGAGCAACAGCCACGUGGUGUGGGUGGAGGUAGACAACAGUGCAGCGUCCACAGACAACAAAACAGAGCCGGAGGCGCAGAAGGUAUCUCCUCCCGGCGGGGCGGGUGAAGGCAUGAAGACCUCUUCGCCGCAGCGUUCCCCGAGAGAUCCGUACUGGGACAACGCCAAGAUCUAUCUCGUCAUCAAUGUCUGCGUUGGCCAUUUCCUCGAGGUCAGAACGAUAAACAGCAAACACACGGGGUGGUGGCUUGCGUCACAAUGCGUCACUCUGUCCGCGGUUGGGUGGCUUGUGUUCUGUCUGUGUUGUGUGGCAGAUCUACAUGCCGCACGGGAAGUUUCCCAACGUCGUGGUGCGCAUCCUGUAUGUCUACGCGGCGGGCUACAUCAUGCCUUCCUUCUGUAUGAUUGUAAGGAGGAAGGAAGACAGAGAUCAGAAAGACAGAAUGGGGAUGCAGACAGACUGUGGUCGUGUUUAUGUAUGCGUCUGCAUAUCUCAGUCGGGCUACUUCAGCAAUCGCACGCCCAAAGACGAGUACACCACGUUCAAGCAGUCCAACAGCCUCCUGUAAGGAUGGAAGCGAAAAGAAAGACAGUCGGCCGCAUUGGUACAUGCAUCUGUCUGGCUUGGCCAUGUCUGUCUGUCAGUCGGGGGCUCUUCGUCCCGUAUGUCAUCUUUCAAGUGAUCUACUCGCUCAUGUAUCACUUCCUCUACGAGAAGCCCGACCAAAAGCUGCCGGCAUUCGGUCCGCAAGUGCAGAGCAACUACGUGUGGCAGCCGUUCAUCAGCCUGUGGUUCCUCAUGUCGCUUAUCACGUGGAGGUUGGUCGGCCCCCAUUACAUGAGGGUCGUCAAGUACCCUCUCAUCACCUCUAUCGUCAUCGGGCUGCUGGCAGGCUACUCCAAGUAGGCGAGACUAGCCAGAGAAGCGCGGAAAGCAGCUGCAAACAACACUUGCUCGUUGUCUGUGUGCUGGUCUUCAGUGCGACCCGGUUUCUGUCGCUGCAGCGGUCACUUGCGUACUUUCCCUUUUUCGUAUUCGGCUGGCUGAUGAAGGACAGCGAGCCCCUCUUCACGCACGUCAGACGGAAGUGCUACACCGAAAGUGGCAUCUUGCCCUCUAAGCAUGGCUUCAUGGCCAUCGGCUUCUGCGCGCUGAUGCUCGUGCCGAUGGUGUUUUACGGCCUCUACGCGCCUGGCUACUGGGACUGCCCGAUAUGGUGAGUGGAUGGGCUUUGGGGGAGGCCGUGUGCAGAUGUUUGGUGGGCCACGCUGAUCAGUGUAUCCUGCCCAUUGAUUCAGGUUUGGGGAUCCAUAUUGGAGUGAGAUUGGUGAGUGCAACUUCCCCCAGUGGUAUGCGUUCGUGGUGCGGCUGUUCUGGUACGCCUUCGACUUUCCCCUGUCCAUUGCCGUCCUGCUCGCCCUGCCGCCGUUCCGCAUCCCACACGUGAGCGACAAGUGGGGCCCGAGGACCAUGCUGCCCUACAUCGCCCACCCCCUGUUCAUCAUCGCCUUCCAGCAGGCCGGCUACUACCAGAUCGAGGGCCUCUCUGUGUCGGCCAUGGUGGCCAUAUCGUUCUUCUUGGGUGUGGCAGUGGCCAUCCUGCUGAUGACCGACUACCCCUUCGCAUUUUGGCUGCGAUAUGUGGUGGACCCGCCGUUUCUGUCGUGGUUUCUCUUGAAGAGAGACGAGAACGACACACACGCGGCGAGGCGGAAGGCACGGCGGACGGGGCGGCCAGCAGAGAGUGACGGGGCGUGAUGGACAUUCAGAGACAGAAAGGGCAGACAGGCACGUGUCUUUGGCAGCUUGAUUUGUCGCGCGACAGUUUUUGUUGUGUGUUUCUUUAUGUUGAGGGAGAGACGUAGUUAAUCAAUCCAUUUCGUAUUUGUGUGAAGUGUACAUAAAGACACCACGGGCAGGCAGGGCGUUUGUUGUUGGCGUGUGGGUGUUUGGAGCGACUGCUGUCCAUCAGCAGAAGUGUUUACUGGCUGGGUGGUACACACAUUAUGCAUUCACAGGCAGACGGGCACCCCAGCAGUGAGUCGGCCGGUCAGUCACCGCCCGACAGUCAACAAAGACCCGCGGGGGGGAGGGAGGUACACCACACACACAUAUACACAUACACACACACACACACACACUGGAGUGGAGGGAGGGAGGUACGCAUCAGGCUGCACCCAUGCCCUUCUCCCUCGCUCAUACGUCAUGCUGCCCGGGGACUUGCCUGUCUGUCUGUCUGUCUGUCUCUGCAUAUCUAUAUCUUUCUCUGCGUCUCUUUCUCUCUCUCUGCCUCUCCUUCUUCCUUCCUAGUUCCUAGUUACUGCUGUUUGUGUAGCUCUCACAUGUGAAUAAUACCUACCGCACAAACUGACUUGCACUGCCCGUCGUGUGUGCUGUCAUGGUCAUGUGGAUUGUGUGGCGACUUACCGCACUCUGUCUGUCUGUCUGUCUGUCGGUCUGUCUGUCUUUCUGUCGCGAUGACCCUGGUGUAGUCUGCCCGUCUCUCUGGGUGUUGGAUUGUUGCAGCCACUGUGCCUUUGCCCGUGAGUAAUGCAGCAGAGCAACGCCACCAAGCGAAUGUGUGGACCGG